GAGGCGUCGAGGAGAAAAAUCCACAACGAGCUGCAGGAGGUCAAGGGAAACAUUCGAACUUUCUGCAGAAUCCGACCUGCGAGCUCGAAGGAGAGCUGCCUGUCUGUGGACGAGGACGCUGGCAAGGUCAUGCUGCCCUACAAUGGGGUCGACAACGACUUUCGCUUCGAUCGCUGCUUCGGCCAGACAAGGACCCAGCUGGACAUCUUCGAGGAGGUGAAGGACUUUGUGCAAAGCGCUCUCGAUGGCUACAACGUCAGUCUGCUCGCGUACGGGCAGACAGGUGCAGGAAAAACUUUCACGAUGCUGGGAGGGAGGGAGGAGGAGGCGAUGGGAAUCAUUCCUCGCUCGAUCAACCAGAUCCUCGAGACCGUCGCUGAGAUGAAGGACAACGGAUGGGAGUACGAACUUGCCGCCUCCUUCCUCGAGAUCUACAACGAGACGAUCCGCGACCUCCUCUGCGACGCCAAGACUCCUGCUGCACCUGCUCCCUCCUUCUUCUUUUGCUGCUGCUGCUGCUGGACUCCUCCUCCUCCUGUCCUCCUCCUGUCCUUCUCUUCCUGUUUCUCUUUCAUCUGCUACUCAUCGUCUGUUGUGCAGGGGACGGACAUGAACGAACGAUCCUCCAGAAGCCACACAGUCUUCCAGCUCCGCAUCAACGCCAAGCACGAGCAGCGCGGGCAGACUCUUCGCGGCAGCCUCCACCUGGUCGACCUUGCGGGAAGCGAAAGGCUGGCGAAGUCGAACGCGACAGGGGAUCGCCUCAAGGAGACUCAGAGCAUCAAUAAGUCGCUGAGUGCGCUAGGGGAUGUGAUGUCAGCCAUCGCAAAGAAACAGGCGCAUGUUCCCUACAGCAGAAACUCCAAGCUCACGUUCCUCCUUCAGCCUUGUCUGAGUGGCGACGGCAAAGCCCUGGUCAUCUUGGCUGCUUCUCCCGUCGAGUCUUCAGCGCACGAGACUCUCUGCUCUCUCCGCUUCGGCAACCUCAUAGCUCAGUGCGAGCUGGGCAAGGCAACGAGGCACGUGACGGGCCCGGCGAUGACAGGCAAGAGGGAAGAGGAGGAGGAGAGAGAAGAGUGA